UAUCUGGUUUUAGGGCAUCUUUUCUUUGUUUUUUUAAUUUUCUAGGAGGCAAUCGAUCAAUCCAUCGACGCAGCUGUGGAUCGUGGGACGCGCCAGUCGCUUCCGUGACCGCGAAUGCAGAGACCGCGCGGCCAGAUCUGCGCGGCCACCGGUGAGUCUUUCAUCCAAAUCGCCCAGGGCGAGGGUUUGGGGACGCGAAUUCGGGCAUGCGGCAGUGAGUCCCUGAAACCGCUCGCCUUUGGGUGCUCUCCAGCUCCAGAUCUGGCUGCUCGCGCCGGGACGAGGCGAUGAUGCUGCUCCUCUGCUCCACAUCCCAGCAAGGCGUGGCGUCUCUCUUCUCCGCGUCAUAGCCACAAAACAAUGCGUCUUCCUCUCUACAGCACGGGAGAGACACAGGGUCCAGGGAAUUGCACUUACUGCAACCUCCUCCUCAAGCAGCAAAGUCCCGGGCGAGCCAGCCGCUUCUUCAAGGCCGCCGCCGCCAUGCCUCCCUCGGCCGUGCACGACUGCUCCUUCCCUUCCACGCCAGGCAAAGUGAAGAUGGAGAGGAGCAACUACUUCGGCAGAGUUGCAAGCCGGUGGCAGUCGUUCGGCCCGGGGAAGAUCGUCUUCUGGUGCGUCGCGCUGCUAGCUUUGCUCGUGGUGGCGGUCUUCUUCUACGCGACGUCCCCCGGCGUCCACAACAGCUUCGAGCAGAGCUUGAGCUUGCGGGAGGCGAAGAACGACGUGGUGAGCUGGGGGGGAUCCGUGUGGGAGAAGCACGUCCGCCACUCGGCGCACGCCAAGCGAGAGAACGGCCUGGUCGUGCUCGUCACCGGCGCCGCCGGAUUUGUUGGGACUCACGUCUCCCUGGCUCUCAAGAAGCGGGGUGACGGAGUGAUUGGCCUGGACAACUUCAACAGCUACUACGAUCCGUUCCUCAAGCGCGCGCGGCAGGGGCUCCUGGAGAAGCAGGGGGUGUUCGUCGUCGAGGGCGACAUCAACAACAUCGCGCUGCUGCGCAAGCUCUUCGACGUGAUCACUUUCACGCACGUCAUGCACCUGGCGGCGCAGGCCGGGGUGAGAUACGCGAUGGAGAACCCGGGCUCUUACGUCCACAGCAACAUCGCCGGCUUCGUCAACCUCCUGGAGGCUUGCAAGGAGGCGAGCCCGCAACCGGCGAUCGUCUGGGCCUCGUCCAGCUCCGUCUACGGCCUCAACUCCAAGGUCCCCUUCUCGGAGAUCGAUCGAACCGACCAGCCGGCGAGCUUGUACGCGGCGACCAAGAAGGCCGGCGAGGAGAUCGCUCACACUUACAACCACAUCUACGGACUCUCCAUCACGGGCUUGCGGUUCUUCACGGUCUACGGGCCUUGGGGGCGGCCGGACAUGGCUUACUUCUUCUUCACCAAGGCGAUCCUGCAAGGGAAGCCAGUGAACAUCUACCAGGGGCCGAACCAAGUGGAUCUAGCUCGCGACUUCACUUACAUCGACGAUAUCGUGAAGGGCUGCUUUGGAGCGCUGGACACGGCGACUCCGAGCACAGGGACUGGGGGGAAGAAGCGGGGACCGGCGCAGCUCCGGGUGUACAACCUCGGGAACACUUCGCCCGUGACGGUGCCGACCUUGGUGGCGAUUCUGGAGAAGCAUCUCAAGGUGAAGGCCAAGAGGAAUGUGGUGAGGAUGCCGCGCAACGGGGACGUGCCUUUCACCCACGCAAACGUGACGCUGGCGAGGGUGGAGCUGGGCUACAAUCCCACCACGGAUUUGCAAACGGGGCUCAAGAAGUUUGUCAAGUGGUACCAGCUCUACUAUGGUGGAGGAUCAUCUUCUUCGUCUUCUUCUUCUUCGAGCAAGAGGAGGCUCCGGCCUUGAUAUAUAGAAUGGUUUGGCUUUUUUCCUUUGCUCGUGCUGGGAAAAUAAUUUGCUUGCUUGCUUGAUUGAUUGAUUGAUUGAUUGACCACCUCCCUCUCGAGAGAGCGAGCAAGAGAGAAUUCUUUGCUUUUUGCUUUUUGCUUCUUUCGACGGUGAUUUGGUGAGCAGUUUUUUUGGAUCGAAAGGUUGUAACAAUGUAGCUUCGAAUGAAAAAUGAUAGUACGGAA